AUGCAAAUGUCUAUUCUUCUCGCAUUGACACUCGUCCACAUUCCCGCCAAUGAGGCCGCAGCUGUUCGGCAGAAUUCCAUUCUCAUCGAGAGCAACUCGGUGCAGCGGGUGGUAGGCGAAACACGUCGGCUGGCCGAGUCUCGCAGUCGGGCCGUGUCGGGCCUCAAGCGAGUGUUUUUGUCCAACCGAACAGUGGCGUGCAACGAUGGCUCGCAAGCGGGAUUCUAUCUCAGGCGCUCCUCCGUCUUCUCCCGGAGAUGGAUUGUCUACCUGGAGGGCGGGAUGCACUGCUACGACCAGAAGUCCUGCCGCGACAGGUGGCUCAACGUGCGUCAUCUCAUGACAUCCACGCAGUGGUCAGAGACGAAAGAUGUCGGAGGCAUUUUGUCACCUCAUCCGGAGGAGAAUCCCUACUGGCACGACGCCAAUCACGUCCUGGUGCCCUACUGCAGCAGUGACUCCUGGAGUGGGACGAAAACCACGCCGGACACCAGAGAUGGAUGGCGUUUCAUGGGAUCUCUGAUCGUCAGACAAAUCAUAUCGGAUCUCAUUCCACUGGGAUUGGGCAAUACUCAGGGCUCUGAACUGCUCCUCGCCGGCUCGUCCGCCGGUGGUGUUGGUGUGAUGCUGAACCUGGACAAGAUUCGUCACUUUCUCGUGCAGGAAAGAGGUCUCAAGGUGACUGUGAGAGGCAUCAGCGACUCUGGAUGGUUUCUGGACAGAGAGCCCUACGUGCCAGGAGCAAUAGCGUCGACGGAUGUUGUGAAGCAAGGAUGGAAUCUGUGGAAUGGCGCGAUUCCGGAAGCUUGUCGCAAGAAGCAUCCCAGUGAACCCUGGCGCUGCUACUUCGGCCAUCGCCUGUAUCCCACCCUGAAAGCUCCUCUCUUCGUCUUUCAAUGGCUGUUCGAUGAGGAGCAGAUGAAGGCGGACAGUGUGUGGGCCCCAAAGUCGCCUCAGCAGUGGGACUACAUCCACGGCAUGGGCAACGCACUCAGAGACUCCCUGGACAAUGUGACAGCGGUGUUUGCGCCCUCCUGCAUUGGCCAUUCUGUGCUCAACAGUCGCGAUUGGCUUCACAUUCGCGUGAAUAACAUUUCGCUGUCGGAUGCGCUUCGCUGCUGGGAGCAAUCGACGGAGCGCACGCGUCGGAAGCCCAGGACAAAGGAGGAGAGGGACAGGAGGCGACAGAAGCAGGAGGAGAGAAGGCUGAAGAGGCUCCAGAAGAGACUUAAGCAGAAUGCUGCUCAGGAGAAGAAAGAGCAAGGCAAGAAUGUGAAGAAGCACAGAAAGAAUCAAGAGCACAAGAAGAACCACAAUCGCUCCACGAGAAUGCCAAAGCGAAAUCUCAACACACUCUUGAUGGCCAAGCCGGCGGGCGGAGAUGACACGGCCACUUAUGUGCAGGACGAGGCGAAUGCCACGCAGUCCAACCGGCAGCGCAAGAAGCGGAAGAACCAGAAGCGACGUCACAAUCAGCGACGCGCGCCGGACACGCAGAAGUGCUCCACGCUGCGUCUGCUGGAGCGCUGCAGCUGGCCGCAGUGCAAUCACUCCUGUCCCACGUUCACGAAUCCCGUGACGGGCAAGAAGAUGACUGACCUGGAGCUGCUGUCGUCCUUCGGCAUGGAAGUUGAGGCCGCCGCGUCGGCGCUGGGCGUGGACAUGCAGACGCUGAAGAAUAUGGAUCUCAUCACGGUGCUGACGUAGCGCGCGCCGCCCGCCGGAUGACAAUCUCACGAGGGAGUUGUGUGGAUGCUCGAUGAAUCUCAUGGCACAACUUCGGGAUACACUGAAAUUCCUGUUCAGGGUGUUCUAGUCAAUUAUUUUUGUUUUUUUAUCACGUCAAAGCUCUUACAGUAGAAAAAUGUCCUUUCCGGACUUGUGGACAACGCGGAGGAGCGAGGAAUCACUCUCCAGGCUUAAACAGUAUUCAAAACACACACACACACACACGACGGGGAGAGAAAGGACUUGAGGAUCCUUCCUGAGGAACAACAACAACGCAUGAAAUCGUAUUUUGUACAUAGAAAUCAAAUGGCACGAAAUCGUUGCUUUGGCAGAGUUUUUGGCAGUCUUUUGUGGAGUUUAAGCAGAAACUCCAACUCUGCAUUGUAUUUUUUUUUCUUAAAGGAAUUAAGAGAACUCGAAUACUUUUAGAAGAAAGAGAAAGAGAGUCAAAGUAUGUUUUGUUAAGUAAGUUAACAUUUAAUUUAUUUAUUCUAUUUGUAAGUUUAAUUUAAAUAUUUUUUUGCAAAGAAGAUUUUCCUCUUCUGGUAAAUUCUAACAAAGACUGUCCUGUUUUUUUACACACAAAAACACACACACACAAAACCCUUUUCAUUUAGUUGGUCUUUUAAGAAUGAUAAGAGGGUUAUUUUUGGACAUAAUCAUUUUUUAUCUACCUCAGGAAUAAAAGUAAUUAAUUAUUGUAAAUUUUUUAUAAUAUGAGAUUCAUUGUUCACAAUCAAUUCAGCCGGAGAAAAAAGGAGGUUAUCGUGCCCAAAAUGAACGAUAACAGCAUAAAUAGUACCUGUUUUUAGUCACUUAACUGCGCCAAUAAGGAGACAAACAGUCGCCAUUGUCUGGCGUUGCACAAGAAAAUCAGUUCAUUCCCCACAAGUUUUAUUGUCAACAGCGAAGAAUGCAAGUGGAAAUUCUCAUGCAAAAACCCCAUUGAAAUGAUUCUCUAGCUUUAGCACAUAAGAUAAUAAAUUAUUAAUUUAAUUUCACUCUUUCUUUCUACUCUUUAGUUUUGUCUCUAGAUUGUGGAAACACAACAAUUGUAUCGAUUGUAAAUAGGAGAAGAAGAAAAAAAGCAUUAAGAACUCUUCUUUUUUUUUAUUAUUCACACUUUUGUAUAGAAGGAGAGAAAAGCAAGUCUCUUGAAUAAAAGCGAUUAUUGCCUAAAA